GAAGGAAACCCGCCAUUGAGGAGAACUCAACGUGAGUGUUUCGUUUGAGUGCAUUUUUUUUUUCGAAAAAAGUGCAAUUUUUUUCAGCAUAUAUCUACGGCUGAUAUUUCGUUGGAAGGAUGGCGUACAGAGGACAAGGACAGAAGGUCCAGAAGGUCAUGGUGCAGCCCAUUAAUCUCAUUUUCAGGUACCUGCAAAAUCGCUCACGGAUCCAAGUCUGGUUGUAUGAACAGGUGAACAUGCGGAUAGAAGGCUGCAUUAUUGGUUUCGAUGAGUACAUGAACCUGGUUCUAGAUGAUGCCGAGGAAGUCCACAUGAAGACUAAGAACAGAAAGCCAUUAGGGAGGAUCAUGUUGAAAGGAGACAACAUUACUUUGCUGCAGAGUGUGUCCAACUAGGGAGAAUGGAGACAUCUACAAACUUUUGUUAAAGGAGUUGUUUUUCUUCAAAGUUUAAGUGUUUGUGUUUAUAUGACAUGAAUAUUGUAAUUGUUUCUUUCUACCACAUGGAUGUGUUUGUGGAAUAAAGUUUUUUUUCUUAAA